UUGAGUCACCUCCUCUCAGAAGGACUCCGGACCUCUGCCUCUCAUCUCUGAAUAUCCCAGGUCUGGAUUACAGUUCUAGAUCUUUCCAUAGAGAACUUGUGCUGGAGGACAGCAACGUUUUUCAAGGAAGGGGGUGACGUUCCAGUGUCCUGUCACAUAUAACCACUCCUCUGGAGCACGUUCCUUACCAGCCCAGUCAGUCUGGAUCCCACAUUUCCAUGAGUCUUUCUGAGAGAGACUCAUAAUAGUUGUGUGAGUCUUGAACUAUUUAGAGCCCUGCACAGAAAAAGAUCCACUUGUAAAUUUUGCAUCAGGGUUUGAGAAGUGUUAAGUGAGAUAAGGCAUCUGAAGGAACCACCUCAGUUUCACAGACACAGGACCUUCUUGCGGUGUGGUUAAAGUCUAAGAGUGGAGGAAGACCCCCCAAGGAACAGCUUCCUCAGAGGCCCUGAUAAAAGCAGAGGGCCUCCCCAAGAGAGCUGAGAGGUGGCCAGAGAGCAGCACGCAGACCUCAUGAAACCGUCACACAAGUCCCACGAGGUUGAGCCACUACUCCCCAAGAUGGAAGAGCCCUAUUAUGCUCCCCUGAGCUCGUCCUUCCCCUUUGUCACGUCAUAUCAAACGGGAUGCAGCAUUUUACCUGAGGUCAGCAGGAACAUUGAAAGGGCCUUGAACGAAGGGAAAAUGCUGGAAGUGGUGCAUGGGAUCAAGGAGACCAUAGCAUCAUUGUCCCAAAUUCCAGUGAUCAUCUCUGUGACUGGGGACUCGGGCAAUGGUAUGUCAUCUUUCAUCAAUGCACUCCGAAUCAUUGGCCAUGAAGAAGAUGACUCGGCUCCCACUGGGGUGGUGAGGACCACUCAGACGCGGGCUACCUACUCCUCAUCCCACUUUCCCAACGUGGCGCUGUGGGACCUGCCUGGCUUGGGGGCCACAGGCCAAACUAUAGAGAGCUAUGUGGAAGAGAUGCAGUUCAGCAUAAUUGACCUAUUCAUCAUCAUCGCCUCUGAGCAGUUCAGCUCGAAUCACGUGAAGCUGGCCAAAACCAUCCAGAAGAUGGGAAAGAAGUUCUAUAUCGUCUGGACCAAGCUGGACAGGGACCUCAGCACAAGUGUCCUAUCAGAGAUGUGGCUCCUACAAAGUAUCCGGAAGAAUAUCCUGGAGAACCUCCAGAAAGAGAGGGUGACAGAACCCCCCAUAUUCCUGGUAUCCAAUCUAGACCCUUUGCUGCAUGACUUCCCAAAGCUUAGGGGCACACUUCAUAAAGACCUCUCCAACAUCAGGUGCAGUGAGCCCUUAAAGAACAUUUGGGACAUUUGCGAGAAGAGCAUAGAUGCUAAACUGGACUUAUGGAGGGAGAGAAUAGGCAACGGGCGCUUGAAGAAUCCUCUGGGUGUCAGGAAUGAGGAUGACAUGGAGGAGUGUCUGAGAGUGUCCCGGUCGAUAUUUGGUAUAGAUGACGAAUCCCUCCAGCAGGUAGCCCAGAGUAUGGGGACAAUAGUCAUAGAGUACAAGGCCAACAUGAGGUCCCAAAACUUGCACACGCUCCGCAGAGGGGACUGGAGACUGAGACUGAUGACUUGUAGACUCGUGAAUGCAUUCAUCCAUUUGCUUGAAUUUUUCCAGGGCUCCUGCUGCAGGCUCAGACGCAUGAGACAUGAACGCAUGCUUCUGUUAGUUACCCAGGACACCAAGACCAUCCUGGAGAAAAUUCUGAAAGACUCCAUCGUCCCUCCACAAAUCUAGUGUAGGG